CCGCCGCGGCCCUCGCGUUAACUGCGGAGGGGGGGAAAUCGUCUCAUUCGGCGUUCCGUUUGAAGAGGAAGAGGAGGCCUCGCCGCCGCCGCCGCCGCCAAUAGAACAAUGACGUUCAAGCGGAGCCGAGACCGUUUUUACAGUACUCGCUGCUGUGGUUGUUGUCAUGUCCGCACCGGGACUAUCAUUUUGGGGACCUGGUAUAUGGUGGUGAAUUUGUUGAUGGGUAUUUUACUGACAGUUGAAGUGACUCAUCCCAAUACUGUAUCAUCUGUAGAUAUCCAGUAUGAGGUUAUUGGAAACUAUUAUUCCUCUGAGAGGGUUGCUGAAAACGCUUGUGUUCUCUUUGCCAUCUCACUCCUCAUGUUUACAAUCAGUGCUAUGUUGGUGUAUGGAGCAAUUACCCAUCGUGUCAGUUGGCUGAUUCCAUUCUUUUGUUACCAACUCUUUGACUUUGUUCUUGGCUGUCUCAUGGCUAUAAGUUCUCUGACUUAUUUGCCAAGAAUAAAAGAGUACCUGGAUCAACUAGUAAGUGUCCAUGACAACAAUCUUAAUCGAGGGAUGGGAGGCAAUCCAGAAUUCCCGUACAAAGAUGACCUCCUUGCUCUUGAUUCAAGCUGUCUUCUGUUCAUUGUCCUAUUGUUCUUUGUUUGGAUCAUUAUUUUAAAGGCCUAUCUAAUUAAUUGUGUCUGGAACUGUUAUAAAUACAUUUGCAAUAGAAAUGUGCCUGAGAUAGCUGUCUAUCCAGCAUUUGAAGCACCCCCACAGUAUGUUUUGCCAUCUUAUGAAAUGGCAGUGAAAAUGCCAGAAAAGGAACCGCCACCUCCUUACAUUCCUGCCUGAAGCAGCUAUGUUUCUAGCAAAAUAACUGUAUAGCUUCAUUUUUUAUAUUGUAAGAUUGCUUAAAUAUUCAGGGUUUUAGGAGCAACCAUACGAGGUUAAGUGGCAUUUGAUAACCUUACUAAACAUAAUUCAUAAGGGAGUGAUUUUUCUCCUUCUUGCUAGCUUUAAUUUUAUUGAUCUCCUUAAAUCUCUUCAGUAAUUCUUGCUGUGAGGCUUUAUUUUGUAAUUUCAGCUUCUGCAUACAACUCCAAUUCUAUGGAUUUGUAAUUUCAUUUUGCUUCAAGAAACACAUUUAUUAAGUUAAGCAAGUUCUGGAUACUACACAUUUAGAAAAUCAAGCAUCUUGCAAAUAUAGAUUAGUUCUGAAGAACAAUCAUAUCAAUGGCAAGAUUUUUUCUUUCUUUUUUUAGUGUGGGAAAAUUAGUUCCUAUGUGGUGCACUGUUGCAUAUAUGUAUUUACCUGAAACUUUUUGUGUUAUAUUAGUUUUUACUGUGUUAUCCCUAUGCCUUGAAACAAUAUUUUUUAAAGCCUGAAGUUGGAAUUAAUGGUUUGACACUUUUUGUCAUAUGAUAUGAAUGCCAGAAAAGGACACUACUUUUGUCAUUUGCUUGCUUCAAAACUGUAUUUUCAUCUUUGUUUAUAAAUGAUGCUUUAAUAAAUCUUUAAGAAAAUAA